UCACAGGUAGACGUGUGUGCGUCGCGUAUGUGCACCUGACCAGAUCGAAUCCAAUCACCGUUAUCGUCCUAAAUGACGAUCUAAUGGACGGACGAGGUAGUCCAUGCAUGCCCGUGUUCUCUGUGUGAACUUGCUUGUGGAGUGCAGUGUUGUGUUCAUGCCGACAUGGAAGAGGUUCGGAUAUCGGAUUGGCCCGAACCUCCUGGCUCUCAUGCAUGGCUGCCCGCUUACGGCUUCCAGCAUGAACUAUUGGAAAAAGACGACUAUUUUAACAACGGAGACAAUGGCAGCACUCACGCUCUAUAUCUCGAAACGAUAGUAGAAGAGACAAGCGAUGACUUACGUUCCGAACGCUCCUCAGCAGCCACUUGGCUUUCUGAUUCUGAUGCCGACUCCGUUAUACACGUCCGUGGAAAUGGAGGAUCAGAGUGCGAUAGCGAGUCGGAGCGUGAGUGGGCCUGCCCGGCGAAGCGGCGCAGGCGGGAGCGCGCCACGUCGCCCACCAGCACCGGUUCACUGUCCCGCUCCUCCAGCCUGGCUCAGUUCGAAUCGCUCGAACGUUCAUGUGCAGCGCCCGCGUCUCCCAGUUUGUCUCCAGACUCGCUGGAAUCACCGCCGUCGUCACCGCCACCGUCUCGGCCCGCUCCCCGCGCGCACCUCUCCGCCGAGAACCUCAGCGAAGACAGCGGUUACAGUGAGCGCGCGCGGCGGCCGCCCCCGCCGGCGCGGCGCGAGCCCGAAAUAGCGCACGGGCCCAGCGCCGCCGGGAGCGUGCCGUGCCUCGCCUCGCCCAGUGCGGGCCGCCGGCCGCCGCGAGCCGCGCGCGCGCUGUCCCUGCCCGCAGAGCUGGACGUGUGCGCCGAGCCGCGACGCCACGCGACGCACAACGCGCGGUUUCGCCAAACGUUCGAAGUGUGUGAUAGCUUUACUGUCAGUGUGGCGGACCUUACAGCUCUGGAUUAUCGCGGUGGGCCCAGGCGGCCGCGCCUGCCGCCGCCGCCGCCCCCGCGCCCCGCGCACCAUCCACCACACCCGCCACCCCCGCCUCCCGUUGAAGUGGUAGCAUGCCCCGUCCGCUCAACACCUGCAAGAGAACCGAGCGCGGGUAGCGACUCCACGACCGAAUCAGAGAGAGCUUUCACACGUGAAAUGGAAGCGACAGCCCGCAGGCUGGAUGAAAAUGCAAAGAGAGCUCUGGCCGAUACUGGUAAUUACGAUCGUGAGAUUUCAGUGUUAACCGCAAAACGACUUAGAGACUCUUGGGGGGCGUGGGAUGAUGUGUUAGAUGAAUUACGGCGGCGAAUAGAACCAUCCUCUCCGACCCCUUCACCACCCCGCUCACCGUCGCCAGAACCUAUACGCGAACCAGCAUUUACCUCUACACCUUUACGAGCUGGGGACGCCCGAGUUCGAUCCACGCCAGAAUUAAGAUCACGGACUACACCCAAUCGCGAAACACCUGAAGAAUUACGCGCGUCACUGCAGCUGGUCGCGCCGCCAGACAGCGUUCCGCCGAUGCGGUCCGUGUCGGCGGGCUCCAAAGGCGUGACGUUCUCGCCGAUAGUGGCUGAAGUGAGUUGGCGGGAAGCGAGCGCGAGCACGGAGACCGCGCCUAGCGAGAGCUCGAGCGCGAGCGACGACGCGGCCGACGCGGAGGUCGUGGUGGUGGGGAGCGGGGAGAGCGCGCCGGCCGCAGACCUUCCCGCGGCGAUGUCGGAAGCGGGCGCGCGCGCACCGCGCAGCCGCAUCGCAGGCUUCCUCUCGCGAUUCGCUAACUUCCGCUUCUCGGGGCGCAAGAAGGGCCGCGGCGCAGGCGCGAACGGGCGGGCGGGCGGCACGGCGGCGAGCGCGGCAGACGCGGCGCAGGGAGCGCGGCCGGCUGCCGGGCCGCAGUAUGUGCGGAUCCCGCUGAAGGACGAAGGUGUGUCGCGGCCGCCGGCGGUCGUCCCGGGCGGCGUGGCGCACAAGCCGCCGCGGCCGCGCCCGCCGCCCGCGCCCGCGCCCGGCGUGCUGGAGACGGACGUGGACACGCAGCGCACGGUGCUGCACGCGCGCUCGCUGCUGGCCCUCGCGCCGCCCGACCAGCGCGCGCCGCGCCCGCACAAGUCCAUGGAGUUCCUGCUCGACAAGGACAGCGCCCAAAUCGUACAGCCUCCUGAGAACGAACUGCAAAAGAAUUCGGAUCGUGUGUUAUCAGAGCACGAGUUAAGGGUCCAGAGAUCGCUGCAGAAACUCAAUGUUCCAGAAUGGUACAAAAACGCUCCAGCCCCAAGAGAGGGGUUCCUGCUCCGCAAGCGGCUAUCUGAUGCCUCUACGUCAGCAGCUCGGUGGAGUGGUCUCAAUUCGAAGACCACGUCGUUGGGCAGCCUGGGGGCGAAUGCGCAGCCACCACCGCCUCAGCUCUCACCGCACACUACCAGCUUCGGCAGGUGGUCCACGAGUCGGCUUAACUCGAAUCAGACGUCACCAUGCUCGUCGACCCGUAGCAGCAUCCGUGGCACCAGCCCGCUCUGCUCCCCGUCAGCGAGGUCCUCCUUCAGCGCGCGCCAGCCCUACUUGGGCUGGAGGAGUCAGGAGCGCUUGAACUCAACGCCAAGAACGCCGCAUGAAAGGCUAGCAUCAUCUCUCCUCCAACAGUCCGCGUCCAGCAAAGCGUCAGAGGAGAUCCAGACCUCGAUUAAGGAAGUGACGUCAGCGAUCGUGCACUACGUGUCCGGGCUAGAACCGGCCAAUGGCGACGCGGACCCCGACCAAGCAUCGCCGCGGUCUAGUCAGAAGCUCUAUUGGUUGGAAAGCUCGUUUGUUGGAACGAAACCCCUCGAAUCGCCACAAACGCCUCUCGUGGUUACAGAGGCCUUACCUCCCCCCCACCCCCGGCCGCCGUCCUCCCUCCGCCUAGACCACCGCGCGGCGCCCGACUGGCAAGAUUCUCAGCGUUCUUUGAAUGUGGGUAUAACAAAACCUUCCCCGGGGUCUACUACAUUGGAGGAUGUAUUGGAUUCGCUUUUAGGACUUCCCUCGCAAUCCGCUAGGAUACCUACACCUCAACCAAGUCCUAGGAAAUCUUCGAGUCCCUACUACAUGCUAGGUGGGAAGAGCCCACGAUAUGAACAGUUAGCCAGUAGUGGGCAUAGCAGUGCCUCCGCAGCUUCCCGUUUUAUGAACACCCCCAGCGAUGCGCCGAGCUCGUUCACGGAUAGCCCGGAACAGGACCGACCAGGCAAGGAUACAGUUGAUACAGCGGCCAAAAUGCCGGAAUCGAGACGGCCGCGAUCAGCACAGGGGGAAAACUCGCGGCGGAGAAGUGAGCCCUUUACACACCAUAGCAUAUCCCUAGACCGCCGAACCAGCCUCGACUCCACAGCCCUGCGAUCUGAACAGCUCACUCGUCACGAAUCCAAAACCUCCCUCGUUUCUUUACAAACUGAAAAUAGCACAGACGACACCAUCGUUAAGUGUAAAUACCCCAAAUGUACCUCUCGCACUUCCUUCGCUGAAGCUAAACGGCAUUACAAGACAUGCCACAAUUGCACCACUAUGUAUUGUUCAAAAGAAUGUCGUAGAGCCCACUGGGAGAAACACAGAAAGGUGUGCCUACAUUCUCGUGCUAGUGCUCUUUGCAGACAGAUUAUUUCCGCAGCAAAAGAAGACGCAGAUUCCCUACAUCGAGUGAGUACAAUUGCUCAUCAGGGAUAUCAAGCGCAAGGCAGAGGUGUAGUGAAAAUAUUCUUCACAAGCCCAGAGGCAGCUGAAAAGUUUACAACGCACGGGUACCAAUACUUGAGUGAACCAGAAUUCGUAAAAUGGACUUCGCUGCAACCUAAUGAAAUGGGAGUAGAAUUAUAUACGGAAGUAGUUAAAUUAUGCAAAAGUUACAAUCCAGAGACCAGGGUUAUUUUAUACGUCGCAGUGUGUAUUAUAAGUGAAGUACCAACAAAGGGUGCUGUGAAAUGGGAAAGGCAAAUGGUAUCAAGAUGCGCCAAAUUGAGACUAAGUAAAACAGUAUCCUCAGUAAUACAAGAACAGAAUAGACGAAGGCAAAGACGGGAUAGUAAAAGCACACCUGAAGACAGAGAAACUUUAAUACUGACGUCGAAAUUAUGCAACGCCGGAGAAAAGAACGCAGCUACUGCACAUAAAUUUAGGGAAAUCUGCUUUAGAAACAUAUGUAGUGAGUUGGAAAACAGGGGAGUAUUGCUGAAGAAACACUUCCCUGAAGUGUAUUCGAGGUUAGCGGCGUAUGUGGAUGGGACGAGCGAUAGAUUCAUUCCAAUGACAAUUUAUCCUAAAGAUGUGAAUAGUGGAAAGUCUUUUGUGUGUGUGAUUAUGCCAGAUAGUGAUGUGGAUAGUGGCACACCAGUGGAUGGCAAAGUAAUGACUAUAGAUGUCGGCUUAGACCGUUCGAAACACCAAUUAUCUACACCAAUGUAAAAAGCUUCAGCAGUACAUAAGUGAGAUGGGACUUGCCCUUAGCGAUGCUAAUUGAAUUUUUGGUAGGAAAAUUUAUGAAAAUUAUAAUAAAAUUUGUAUGCGCGCAAAUUUCUAUUCUUAUGAUAGAUUAUUGAUAACCUAUUCGAAUAAUGUAAUAAUUCUUAUUCCCUUGUACUUAGAUUAUGAAUAUCGCUAUUAUUUAGAUUGAUGUUAAAUGUGCCCUUAUAAGCAAGUGAUUAAUUUAAUGUAUUUUUAUACACACCAUAAUAAAAUCUAUUAUUUUAUGGGAAUUAUAUAAAAAUAUAAUGUUAUUAAAUUGCUUGCAAAAUAUAUAUAAAUAACUUACUUGAAAUGAACAUUGGUUUAAGUAUAAAAAGAAAACGUAUUUACAAUUAUUAAAAAAAAGCUUACCAACUGUAUUUCUCCACGUCUCUCACAUACACAGAGUACUAUUUCAUUUCAUUCUAAUGUAGAUAAUAAAUGUGAGAAAAUUGUUGUAAUAUAAUUGCUUAUUAAUGGUAAUUUUACUUCGCCUUUCAAUAUUUAUUCCUCUAUGACAUAAUAAUAAGAUCGCAGAGCUGUUGCAUUUUGAAAUUUGAGGUGCACUGGAUUAAAGGUGUGUCCAGAAAGUCACCUAUUUUAUAAUUGCCACGGAAAAAAAACUUCAAAUGAAAUAAUUUGAUUAUUGUCUUUCUCCGAUCUCCACGUGGUUGUACUUUGGCACAAAAUUAAUUACAUUUUUAUAUCUUUUUAAAUAAUUAUGGUGCCAAUUGAUUAAAUAAUAAUUAAAGGACUUAAUACAUACCAAUGUGUUUUACGAUACUAUAAAAUUUAAUAAUUUUUUAUUAGGUGCUUACCUCAGAUUUAAAUAAAUAAUGUUUACUAGGUAGGUAGAUACCUACUAGAUUGCUAGUUUAUAUAUAUCAUGACUAUUUAACUUCAUUUCAUUAUCAAAUUUUAAACAUAUAGGCAAAUUACUGUAACUGAUUUUUCACUAUACAUACUUACGUAUAAUAAUCAUCGUUUUUUAAGUGUUUUACAAGUAAGGUUUUUUCUUAUUUACAUUAAUAUUUAUACAAAUGAAGAUAAAUUGAAAACAUUUGGCUAGAGACAAAGUGGCAAUGCUCACAUAAAAUUUUUGUAAUCAUAAUAUAUUUUUAAAUUCAAACAUUAUUUCCAUAGACAUUCUCUUUAGCUUUUUAGCUUACUUCUCAUCUUAAACGAACCAGAAUAACGAACUUUAAAACUGUCGUGGGGUCUGUCUGUGAAAUCCUAGUCGAAAGGAACAAAUAUUAAAAAAAUAGGUAUGUUUAUUAAAUUUAUAAGAUUUAAGAACCCACUUUACAAUUGCAUUGUAAUUAUUCGUCAUGUUUUUAAAUUUUCGAAUCAACAUCAUGUCUCAUUUUUAAGAUCAAUGAUUUAUAUUCUGUUAGAUUUAAUAUUAAUAAUUUAAUGUUACUGUUAAAGUUGUUAAUCAUUCCAAAAAAAGAACUACCCUUGUUAUGACUUUAGAAUAUUAUAACUUUCGAAAUAAAUUAAUUCGUUCGCUUUUAAUAAUACAAUGUGAAAAAUAAUAAAUGUGUUCAAAUUUUAUUGGAUUUUAUAGUGAGCUGUUUCUGUUAAUGUGACAGGAAAAUGUGUCAACCAUCAUUGUGCUCUUAGAUUUACAAAUAUAGAAAAAUAUACUUAAUAGAACGUUUACAUUCCUGUAUUAAAUACCUUCCUAUGAAAAAGUAUUGAAUGUACCUAUAUGAUAUUGUGUACCUUAUGAUUCUUAUUUGUCGACAUUUUGCUGUUUAAAAAAUGUUUCGUACAUUUAUAUGCAUAAU